AUGUAUCGUAAAGAGACGACUCGGCAUCACGCGCGAGAAAUUAAUAAUAAAGAAAGGGUGAAGAGAGCCAAAGAGAAGAGACAACGUAGAAAGGAGCAAAAGAAGAGCGGGAAGAUUGCCGGAAUCCCGCACACAUUAGAAACUCUAAGGAACCCAGAUGAAACUAUCCUUCCGAAAGAUGAUGCUGAUUUGUUACGUGAAGAAGAGAACGAUGAAUUGUCUAGAAUAUAUUCCAAUGCGGUUGAGCCUAAGUUACUUCUGACCCAUUCGGAUCGGGUUACUCCUCACACCAUUGGUUUUUGUAAAGAAUUGAGCCGAGUUAUACCUAACACAACAUUAGUUCCACGCUGGCAUCUACCCUUGAAAAAACUUAUCCCCAAGGCAAUUGAGCAUGGAUAUACAGCUCUUCUAGUUGUAAACGAAGACAUGAAAAAGAUAAACACACUUAUAGUCAGUCAUCUUCCUGAUGGACCCACAGCCACCUUCCAUGUUACCAACGUCAUUCCACGCCGGAAGCUACGAGGACUCAAAAAUCGGGGGAUAGAAGAGGGUGUCAUUCCUCACCUCAUUCUCAACCGUUUCAUGACUACUCUGGGUCGUCGUGUUGAGCGCAUUCUUGGAGCUCUUUUCCCUUCGGCGUCAAGAGGGCCGCCGCUGCCGCACUGCCGCACCGUGGUUUUUCACAAUCAGCGCGAUUUCAUUUUCUUCCGUCAUUAUCGAUACAUCCACCGGAAAAACAACGAUGCUAUGGGGAUGAAUGAGGUGGGGCCAAGAUUCACGCUUAAAUUAAAAUCGAUCCAGCUCGGCACCUUCGACAGUCAGUUCGGCGACUAUGAGUGGGUCAAGAAAGGCGCUGUUAUUGGCAAAUCGAGACGGACUUUCGUACUGUGA